AUGUCUCCCCAUGAAAGUGCGGUGUCGCAAGGCGCGCUGCAGCAACAUCAAGCGUGGUGGAAGGAGGACACUGUCUACCAGAUUUACCCGGCCUCGUUCAAGGAUUCUACCGGGUCAGGCGGUUAUGACAUCAGCAACUAUUACAAGAUAGAUCCACAGUACGGUUCAAUCGAUGAUGUCGAUGUGUUGAAAGACAAACUCCAUGAACGGGGGAUGAAGUUGGUUCUUGACCUUGUUGUGAAUCAUACAAGUGACCAGCAUCAGUGGUUCAAGGACUCGCGUAGCUCCAAGGAUAACGAGUAUAGAGACUGGUACAUCUGGAAGAAGCCGAAAUACGAUGCCCAGGGUAACAGACAGCCGCCAAACAACUGGAAAUCCCACUUUCAAGGGAGUGCCUGGGAAUUCGAUGAGCUCACUGGAGAAUACUAUCUACAUCUCUUCUGCAAAGAGCAACCGGACCUCAACUGGGAGAAUCCCGCUGUUCGCAAAGCCGUCCACGAAACCGUACGAUUCUGGUUAGAUCGUGGUAUUGACGGCUUUCGACUUGACGUGAUCAAUUUCAUCAGCAAAGACCAAGGAUUUCCCGACUCAACUAGGGGAGUUCUGUCUGGCGCUGAGUAUUAUUCAGCAGGACCGAGGCUUCAUGAAUAUUUGAAAGAAAUCGGCGCCAUUCUGAAAGAGUACGAUGCUUUUAGCGUUGGCGAGAUGCCGUGCGUGAACGACCCGCAAGAGAUAAUUAAGAGCGUUAGAAGCGAUAGAGGCGAACUAAACGUGAUCUUCCAUUUUGAGCUGAUGGAUCUCGACCACGGACCGCAGGGCAAGUUCUCACCCCGUACUUGGUCUUUAGGAGAAUUGAAGUCUACCGUUGAUAAGUGGCAACAAUUCAUGUAUGCGAACGACGGAUGGAACGCUCUUUACAUUGAGAAUCACGAUCAGCCACGAUCAGUCAGCCGCUUCGCAAAUAAUGACCCUGCAUAUCGCGCCCAGAGCGCAAAGAUGCUGGCUCUGUUCCUUGGCCUGCAGGCGGGCACACCUUUUGUGUACCAGGGCCAAGAGCUUGGAAUGCACAACAUCCCGAAGGAUUGGCCCAUGGAAGAAUAUAAAGAUAUAGACUGUUUGAAUCAUUGGAAGUAA